AUGGCCGUCACCAAUGUGAAAUAUUGGAAGAGGAAUCCGCAAGCUACCAAUGUUCUGAAACAGCUCAAUUGGAUAGCUGAAAAUGAAGUACGUAUAAAGUCAAUGUGGUUGCGCCGAGAUGGCUUUUCAGUCCGCCUGAUGGCAAGGACGAAAGAGCCACCUGUAAACUUGGUUUUGUCUCUUGAUAGUUGUUUCAAUGUGCGUAUUUUGCGGAUUGAUUAUACUAAUGGAUUUGUUUUUGUAUAUCCACUUGCGGAAGAUGAUUAA